AGGACGUGAAUUGACAAUGGUUUUGUACCAAAAUAUCAACGUUGGACAGAGGGUAGAGGUUAAGCUGGGUAACCUCGUGUUCCGAGGAGUGGUCAAGUACAAGGGGUCGGUGGUCAACAGACAAGGUGACUGGGUAGGCGUAGCACUGGAGAGGGCAGUGGGGGAAAAUGAUGGUAUGAUAUUGGGGAGAAGAUACUUCCAGUGCCCCCUAAAUCACGGGACAUUUGUUAGAGCCAGCAACAUAAGAUUCAUCCCUAUGAUCAGAUGUUUAUAUAACAGAUACCAUAGAGUUUCCGAGAAAUCUUACGUUGAGGAACCACUUUUCAGUUCAACGGUUCCCAAGGCUGACCCCGCGGUCAUCUCUGGUCAAUAUCAGGACAAGGCGAGAAACAGCUUCGCUUUUGACGAUUCUUUGUUCAGCGCAAAGCGGUUUCCACUGCGACAUUCGGUCGGGAACCACAUACCUGCUGCAACGAUGAAGCGCGCCAAAACUGCAAUGGCGUCAUUUCGUUAUUUAAGCAGUCCUAUUCACAGUGAAUAUGACAUUCAAGAAGACUUUAUAGCCACGCCCACUAUCCCUAAGACACACAUGCCAUACUCCGCCCUCAAAAGACAGGUGGGGCGGGGCUGGGAGGGUACUCAUUAUGUCCGCGAAAUGAGCGUGGGGACCGGAAGGGAUUCAAUAAAAUUUUCGGCAUGGAACGAUAUCUCACCUUAAGGAUAUCCAGCAACAUUUUCUUAGUAUUGUUACCGAGGCUUUGGUUCCUCAGAAUGAUUAAAACUGCUCAAACUACGUAUACAAAUUCAGGAGUUUAAUGUUGUACAAUAUACCUACAUUGUUUAUGUAUUUAAAAUAGUAUUAAACUAGUAAUUUAUUCUAGUCGAAAAAUAGUGCCCCACAUUUGGGACCAAUACUAUGUAUACUAGUAUUUGCACUUAAUAGAUACUGGCUCUUUUUUUGCGAGCAUAUAUUAUUCUUUUAAUAAUUACUUGCAAGACGAUUUUCAAAUUCACCUCAUAUUUACUAUGACCACUGUGAUAUCUUUGUAUUUUUGUAUUUAUUUUGCGUCUUUGUUACAUGGUUUAUGGGGAUGUUGCUGUUAGUUUGGAAUGCAUGUUCCUUGAAAUUCGUAAUCAAUAAAGAAGAA